GCAAAUGUCAAAUGUCUAAUUUUUAGAGGUUAAAUUUUUUUUGGGGUGGUUUAAAGAAAACAAUAAUAAAUAUCUCACCAAUAAUUGUUUUUUAUUCUAACAUAAAAAGUACACAACAUGGCUCAAUCUUCAGAAGUUAUAAAGCUUCAGCAACAUUUAUCUUUGCUGAAACAAGAAUAUUCGAAACUUCUAACUAAAUACAGAGAUAUAGAAUUUAAAUACAACAAUCUGGUAGCUUCAGAUAUUAAAAAUACGGAAGAUACAUUUGCUUCGAGACUUUUGAAGAUGAUUAACAACCUCUACGAUUCAGAAACGUAUAGUGAUAUAAAAAUCAAACUAAAAGAUCGAGAAAUCAACGGCCACAAACUAGUAUUAACCGCUAGAAGUAGUAUGUGGAACGAAAACGUUUUAAUGAAUAAAAAAGAAUUAGAUUGGACCGAAAUUGAUCCAGAAGUUGCCAAUUCCAUAGUUUUGUGGUUGUACACCAACAAUUUAAAUCUAUCAUCUUCAGUUUUAACAUUGAAUCUAAUCAAGAAAGCACACGAGUUUCAAUUGAAUAGCUUAGUCGAGCUAUGUGAACAGUUUUUAAUAUCCGUGGUAAACAUACGAUCAUGCGUUAAAUUUUACUCUGUAGCCGAGGAAAUAGAUGCGAUCAAUUUAAGGGAAUACUGCUCCGGUUUGAUUUCAACUCAUUGGGAUGAUCUCAAUUCAUCAGAUUUCGAUCACAUGUCAGGACCUUUGUUGUACAAGAUGUUGAAAAGCAAAACACAAUUACCCUUACAUUCUGCUGUUAGAUUGCAAAGGGAAGACGUAGUGUUUCUGUGUUUGGUGGAAAAUUCGUCUAAGUUAACGGAUAUAGUGAACCUCUGGAGCCCCAACGGAGAGCUUCCUCUAGAUUUAGCCCUUAGGUCUCACAACGAAAGUAUAGCAGUCACUUUAGUACAACACAACGCAGACAUCAACAUGAGAGAUAAUAAUGGGGAUACUCUAUUACAUCGAGCCAUCAAAACGGAAGAUUCGUUUUCGGCGAUGUUUUUAUUGGAACAAAAUUGCGAUGCAACUUUAUCUACGAGAAAUGAAAAUGAUUCGCCGUUACAUCUAAUCGCCGGGGCCAAUAAUAUCGAAAAUUGCGAGAAAAUAGCCGAGAAGUUGAUUAAUAAAAAUGUCAACGUCAACGCUCAAAAUCGUCAAGGAUUUACUUCUCUUCACAUCUCUAUCCAAGCCGACAACAAACCGAUAUUCCUAUUACUCCUGAAACAAGAUUAUAUCAACGUGAAUCUGAAAACGAACGAAGAACACACCCCGCUAUAUUACGCUUUGUUGAAAUACGAAUCCGGUGACGAUAGCGAAGAAUCUUACGCGGUUCAACUGCUCAAACACGACGUCCAAACCAAUCCGUUGUAUUCUUCGAAUCGCAACAGUUUAUUGCAAGUGCUCAUUUUAGCGGGAGCUAGAAAAGCCGCCGUAUAUUUAUGUGAACAUUUGGCGGGAUAUUUGAAUCACGCUAAUGCAGAAGGUGAAACCGCUUUGCAUUUUGCUUGUUCGAAAAAUUAUAGCGAUCUAGUUAAGGCGUUAUUAAAAAACGGUUGUAAUCCGAAUUUGUUGACGAAUGAAACUCGUCAAUCGGCUUUACAUUACGCCGUUAAAAAUAAUGCCGAAGAUUCGAUUUUGUCUUUGAUCGAUUAUAAUGAACAAUUAGAAAAUUCCGAAACAUCCAAGGACGAUAAAAUGAUGUGCGAUUUCCAUUGUCGAGAUAUAAACGACGAACCGCCGAUUUGUCUUGCUCUCACCGAAAAUCGCAACAAUCUAGUACCGGUUUUAAUAAAGGGUAAAGCCGACAUAAACGUACGUAAUAAUUACGAUCAAUCUUUAUUACAUCAAGCCAUUAUAAAAGAAGACCCGAAAACCGCCAUAUUUUUAUUGAAUCACGGCAUCGACUUCAACGCAAUAACCACCGAAGGAGAAACUCCUUUACAAUUAGCCAUCCAUUGUCGUUUAGGCGAAGUAGUCGACGAUUUGUGUACGAGGGGUGUUGAUAUGUCGGCGCCGGAUAGAUUAGGUAAUUGCGCCCUUUGGGCAGCUCUAGAUUCCGAUCAAGAAGACAUCGCUAGUAUACUCGUCAAACACGGAGCUGAUACGGAUUGUUGGGGUCCGGGACCUGACGGUUGCCGUCAGACGCUUCUUCAUAGGGCGAUAGACGAAAAUAAAGAAUCCGCGGCUAUAUUUUUAAUUCAAUCCGGUUGCGAUUUGAAUUCGCCCAGAAUGCCCGGUCAUAACGGCGAGGGUGGCGAAGAGGCUAAAGAUAAAAAAUCUCCCCUACAUCUUUGUUGUCAAUGGGGAUUGGAACCUGUAGUUAGGACUUUAGUGGAACACAGGGCGAACGUUAAUAUCAGAGACGCCGAAAAUAAAACUCCUUUACAUAUAGCAAUCGAAAAUAAUGAGGACGAAAUAAUAUCCUUGUUGAUAAGCGUACCGGAAAUUGAUUUGAGUCUAAGGGAUAAGAGUGGUUUGAGUCCUUUCGCUACUGCCCUUACUUAUAGGAAUAAUAAAGCCGCUCAGGCGAUUUUGGAUAAAUUACCCAGCGCCGCAGAACAGUUCGAUUCGAAGGGUCAAAAUUUUCUUCAUAUAGCAAUAAAAAAGGGAGACAUAGAAAGUGCCUUAUUUUUGUUGACGGUGCAAGUUGAUGUUAAUUCGAGGGUACAGGAUCCCAUGCUAACGCCCCCGAUACAUUUAGCCGCCAGAUAUGGUAACGAAACUUUAGUUAGGAGUUUGAUACUUGCCGGAGCCAGAGUGGACGAUAGAGAUGCCCAAAAACGAACCGCUUUACAUGUAGCAGCAGAAGCAGGAAACGCUCCCGCCGUCUUGGCGCUUUUACAAAACGACGCCGAUUACGAUGCCGUAGACGUCGAAAACGAUAACGCUUUACAUAUCGCAGUCAGAGAAGGACAUUUGAACGUCGUUAGAACCUUAUUAAUUGAAUCGACAAUAGACGCCGAAGCAGUCAAUUUGAAAGGUCGGAAUCCCUUACACGAAUUAUGUAAAUACGGUAAAGAGAACGCGGCUGCGAUUUGUGAAUUAUUUUUAGAAUGUAUGCCGAAUUAUCCUAUAAAUAGCCCCGAUUUAAUGGGAAAUUCGCCUUUACUGUUAGCAUACAUGAAAGCGAACGCGAACUUGUGCCGAAUAUUGGUGUCGAAAAAAGCUUGUUUAUCUUCGGAAAAUUCCGAAAGGGUGACUAUUUUUAAUUAUCAGGUACCUACUAAGAGACUUCUUUAUCGUCUUCUCGACACGCUCUCUCAGCCCGCACCAUGGACGACGACGGAUUCUUGUCAAGAAUGCGGUAAACAUUUCACCCUCACGGUACGCAUGCAUCAUUGUCGUCAUUGCGGCCGAGCACUUUGUACUAGAUGUUCGGAAAAAGAAGUACCGAUUCUCAAAUUCGGCGAAAACAAACCGGUUCGAGUUUGUAACGUUUGUUUUGAUGUAUUAAAAACAGGAGGUAGUCAAUUUUAACGAUAAUUUUAUUGGAUAAAAAUAAUAUAAACUCAACAACAAAAAAAAUGACAUCAAAUUUUAUCUUAUUAUUUUGUUAAAUUAUUUUAUCAAUCCAAGGUAAUAAUUAGUUAAUUUGUAAGUUUCAUACUAAAUCCGCCAAAAAAGAAUUUUCUUUCAUUAUUAACGAAAACAUACAAAGAAAAAGCAAGAAAAUAACAAAUUUUUAAAAUACUAUCUUUCAUUUGUAGAGAUUAAACCUUUGAUAUACUUCACUGGCAUCUUCUCGAAGAGUAUUUGAUUUAAGUUACUAAAUUAUCUCACAAAUGCUUUAUCCGCAGUAUUCGAAAACAGUCUCUAGGAGUACUCGCUCGAUGUACUUCCUAGCAAUCAGAGCCCCAUUAUAAAUGAAAUGAAUUCCACUCCAAAACAUAAGUGAUCUUCUUUUGAAAGGUAGGGAUUCUCAAAGAAAAUAUUGAGCAAAUCAUCCAAUCGUCGUCACACUCUAUUUCGAUUGUUUGAGUGGUAUGGAGGAUAACAACAGUUCCCCAUUGCUCUACAUUCCAAGGAGAAUGCUGAUCGAUGAAUAAUCGAUUUUCCAGGAAUGCAAUUAUACUUCGUAUUGUGGAGGUGUUGAAUGACUGUUUCUCCAAUCAGUAGCUCGUUUCUGUAUGGACUUAAACCCCCAUACAUGACCAGGUUACUCACAAAAACAAAA